AUGGAAAAAGCCAAUGAGAGUUCUGUGAUGGGUUUUGUCCUUCUAGGCUUCUCAGACCACCCUUGCCUGGAGGCUGUGCUCUUUGUGUUUGUCCUUUUCUUCUACCUCCUGACCCUUGUGGGAAAUUUCACCAUCAUCAUCAUCUCAUACCUGGAUCCCCCUCUUCAUACCCCUAUGUACUUCUUCCUCAGCAACCUCUCCAUGCUGGACCUCUGCUUCACUACUAGCCUUGCACCUCAGACCCUAGUUAACCUGCGAGGACCAGAGAAAACAAUCACUUAUGGUGGUUGUGUUGUACAACUCUGUAUUUCCCUAGCACUGGGCUCCACCGAGUGUAUCCUCCUGGCUGUGAUGGCCUUGGAUCGCUAUGUUGCCGUCUGCAAACCCCUCCACUAUGUGGUCAUCAUGAACCCACGGCUAUGCCAGCAGCUGGCAACCAUCUCCUGGCUCAGUGGCUUGGCCAAUUCCCUGAUCCACGCUACCUUUACCUUGCAGUUGCCUUUUUGUGGCAACCACAGGCUGGAUCAUUUUAUUUGUGAAGUACCAGCUCUCCUCAAGUUGGCUUGUGUGGACACCACCACCAAUGAGUUGGUUCUUUUUGUUGUUAGUGCCCUGUUUCUCUUACUUCCCCCCGCAUCCAUCCUUAUCUCCUAUGGCUUCAUAACUCAAGCAGUGCUGAGGAUCAGGUCAGUGGAGGCAAGACACAAAGCCUUCAGCACCUGCUUCUCCCACCUUACGGUGGUGAUCAUUUUUUAUGGCACCAUAAUUUACAUGUACCUGCAACCGAGUAGCAGUUAUGCCCAGGACCAAGGCAAGUUCAUCUCCCUUUUCUACACCAUGGUGACCCCCACCUUAAAUCCUGUUAUCUACACUUUAAGGAACAAGGAUGUGAAAGAAUCUGUGAAGAAACUUCUCUCAGGAAAACUGUGCUCCCUAUGGAUGUGAUGUACAAGAAGUCACGUGGUGACCCAGUUUCUAUUUAGCCAAACCAAUUUUCUCAA